GACUCUCGAAGUGUGUCUGGUGUGUGUAUGUGUGUGUGUAUUGGCGCCCAGCUCCUGCCGAGAACUGAUGUUGUCUUCUAUCGGGCAGCAGCUAUCGCUCGUUCGAACCUUUGAGAAAGGUCCAUCCUUGCCUUCUUUUUGUUACCUGUAUUCGAUCCCUGACACUGUCCUCGGGCCCAGCUCAAAGGUGACUAGCAUAGCUGGACUGUGCCUGGAGAUCCCUGGGCCAUCUCUGUCCCUGAGCACACGGGCGAUCAGGCUCAGGUAGUGAGCCUUCUUGUUCUCCGCACUCUGGCGCGUCCGGAACCUAGGUCCACAGUCCGAGUUUCUGCCCGGCGGAAGCGCUCGACAACUCUGUAUCACGGAAGCGUUCUCGGAGGGUCAGGACUUCGCUGGACCAGAAAUGUCGCCUCCCGCCGGCGGUGCGGCAGGGGCUGCAGACCCUGCCUCACCUGCGGUGCUUCUGGCAGUGCACGCGGCGGUGAGACCUCUGGAUGCCGGCCAGGACGCCGAGGCGCAACUGCGAAGGCUGCAGUUGAGCGCCGACCCUGAGCGGCCUGGGCGCUUCCGGAUGGGGCUGUUGGGCACCGGGCCAGGGGCGGUCAGUUUAGAAUGGCCCUUGGAGUCUGUUUGCUACACCGUCCGUGGUCCUAACCAACACGAGCUGCAGCCUCCACCGGGAGGUCCUGGAACCUUCAGUGUGCACUUCCUCAACUCUCAGGAAGCACAGCAGUGGGCAGCACUGGUGCGGGAUGCCACCGCAGAGGGACAAAAUGGCAGUGGCAGCACAGCCCCAGCUCCAGCCCCAGCAAUAUGCCCUGUUUCUCCAACAUGUUCUUCUGUGUCUCAAAUAACUCAACCUGAGGUAGAAAGUUCUGGAAACUUGAAAAAAGAAGAGCUGGCUGCACGCCUGGCCCAGGCCAUUGCAGAUGGGGAUGGGAAAGAAGCUGCCCAAGUGGCAGCAGUCCUGGCACAGCAUCAUGUGGCUCUCAGUGUCCAGCUUACAGAGGCCUGGUUCCCACCAGGUCCCAUAAGGCUACAAGUCACAGUUGAAGAUGCCACAUCUAUUUUGUCCUCUUCAUCGUCUGCCCAUGUCUCACUGCAGAUCCAUCCACACUGCUCCAUUGCAGCCCUUCAGGAACAGGUGUUUUCAGAGUUCGGUUUCCCGCCAGCUGUGCAGCGCUGGGUCAUUGGGCGGUGCUUAUGUAUGCCUGAACGAAGCCUUGCUUCCUAUGGGGUUUCUCAAGAUGGGGACCCUGCUUUUCUCUACUUGCUCUCAGCCACCCGAGAAGCUUCAGGACAUAGUCCUCAACACUCCAAGAUGGAUAGGAAGUUAGGAUAUUUGUUACCUCAGUCAUUGGAGUUGCCUCAUACCCUCCAGCCAGCCAGUUCCAGUCUCCCAAGUCCCCCUCAGUCUGGCUGGUCUUGCCCUUCCUGCACCUUCAUCAAUGUCUCAAACCGCCCUGGCUGUGAGAUGUGUAGCACACAAAGGCCCUGUGCGUGGGAUCCCCUUACAACAGCCUUCACCUAGAAGCCACCAAAGGUUACAGAGAACAUGGCCUUCCUGUCAUAGGCCCAAGUCCUUGAACCACCACCACUUCAACUUCCCAGGGAGCCUCUGCUUGUUGGGGACAGAGAUGCCAGCAUUAGGCAACAAAGGCCACAAGCCAGUAAUAAAAUAUACUUAAGAGUUAA